AGCACUAGAUACAGCCGCGGAUUGGCUGACUGGGGCGCAGCUUGAUGGCGUCGGGCUGGCUAGCCGCGGUCCCGGCGGUGGCGCCUGGGCGAAGUCCGCCUUUGUGAAAGGGCCUAUGGCCCGAGCUUGCUGUAGCAACAGGGAGUGGAAAUUGGAGGCAGGAGCCUUCCCUACACUUCGCCAUGAGUUUCCUGAUCGACUCCAGCAUCAUGAUUACCUCUCAGAUACUUUUCUUUGGAUUUGGGUGGCUUUUCUUCAUGCGCCAACUGUUUAAGGACUAUGAGGUACGUCAGUAUGUAGUACAGGUGAUCUUCUCUGUGACUUUUGCAUUCUCUUGCACCAUGUUUGAGCUCAUCAUCUUUGAAAUCUUAAAAGUAUUGAACAGCAGUUCCCGUUAUUUUCACUGGAAAAUGAACCUGUGUGUAAUCCUUCUGAUCCUGGUUUUCAUGGUGCCUUUUUACAUUGGCUAUUUUAUUGUAAGCAACAUCCGACUAUUGCAUAAACAGCGUCUGCUCUUCUCCUGUCUCCUGUGGUUGACCUUCAUGUACUUCUUCUGGAAACUAGGAGAUCCAUUUCCCAUUCUCAGCCCAAAACAUGGGAUUUUGUCCAUAGAACAGCUCAUCAGCCGGGUAGGUGUGAUUGGUGUGACUCUCAUGGCUCUUCUUUCUGGAUUUGGUGCUGUCAACUGCCCGUACACUUACAUGUCCUACUUCCUCAGAAAUGUGACUGAUGCCGAUAUCCUAGCCCUGGAACGGCGGCUGCUCCAAACCAUGGAUAUGAUCAUCAGCAAAAAGAAAAGGAUGGCGAUGACACGGAGAACUAUGUUCCAGAAGGGGGAGGUGCAUAACAAACCGUCAGGAUUCUGGGGAAUGAUAAAAAGUGUUACCACUUCAGCACCAGGAAGUGAAAUGCCAGAUCUUACUCUUAUUCAACAGGAAGUGGAUGCUUUGGAAGAACUAAGCAGGCAGCUUUUUCUGGAAACAGCUGAUCUAUAUGCUACCAAGGAGAGAAUAGAAUACUCCAAAACUUUCAAGGGGAAAUACUUUAAUUUUCUGGGUUACUUUUUCUCUAUUUACUGUGUUUGGAAAAUUUUCAUGGCCACCAUUAAUAUCGUUUUUGACCGAGUUGGGAAAACUGAUCCUGUUACAAGAGGCAUCGAGAUCACUGUGAAUUACCUGGGGAUCCAAUUUGAUGUAAAGUUCUGGUCUCAGCACAUUUCCUUCAUUCUGGUUGGAAUAAUUAUCGUCACAUCUAUCAGAGGAUUACUGAUCACUCUUACAAAGUUCUUUUAUGCCAUCUCCAGCAGUAAGUCCUCCAACGUCAUUGUCCUGCUAUUAGCACAGAUAAUGGGCAUGUACUUUGUCUCCUCCGUGCUACUGAUUCGAAUGAGCAUGCCUCUAGAAUAUCGCACCAUAAUCACUGAAGUCCUUGGAGAGCUACAGUUCAACUUCUAUCACCGUUGGUUUGAUGUGAUCUUCCUGGUCAGUGCUCUCUCCAGCAUCCUGUUCCUCUAUUUGGCUCACAAACAGGCACCAGAGAAGCAUAUGGCACCUUGAACUCACGCCUGUUACAGACUGCUGAAGGCCAGUGGUGUCAGAAUUUGGAUAUAAGAGAAAAAAUGGAGGGGACCAGGGCCUCAUGUUUUUUAAACAAUCAGAAUGCUGAGGUAGCAUAUUCUGCCUUCAGCGUAUGCCUCCCUCCUCUGUGGAUACUGUGAUCAUGAGUAGCAUUAGCUAGAACAUGGGAGCAUGAAAUAACCUUAAGCUAGCACUCAGCUGAGAGCAUCCCAUGUGGGUUUGAGGCUGGUGGGAAGGGGGGUGGAAAAGAGCCAAGAAACUAGGUGGCGGGAAUACACUGGAACUCUGCAGGUAAGGGGAGGUCUCAGGUAGCUGGGCCGAACAUCCAGAAUUUCUGCUCAAGGCUCACAUGGAGGAGGUUGUGGCUUUCCCUUAAGAUUGACUGUCAUUAAAAUCAGAUUGCAACCCU